UUGGGCGAGUCCCUGCCACCUAACUUAUCAUGGUUGCGGGGAGGUUGAUGAGAAUCCAGUUUUGAUAAAGACAAUUGUGUUCUCCUCCCCAAGUGACUAUACAUUUAAAUAGCUAAAACAUCUGUUCAGCAACAUAGUAAAACAUGUAUACUCGGAACGCUUGAGAGAAGAGCCUGCCAAAGGAUCGGUUGAGAGGGACUUUGCUGAGGGAGAGCACCAAGAUAAAGCAACCGCUGUUUGUUUUGUCUAGUCAGGGGAAAAGCCAAGACAACCAAUAUUUUGAAUUUCUUUUAUUUCAUUUGUAAACGAUUAUUUGAGAAAGGGUGACGAGGGGAGGUUUCCUGACAGGAAUUUCUUAAGCUGUCCAUUGGUAGAAGAGCAAGAGAGCCUUGGAUGUUAAUACCUACCAAACUCUUGGGACCAGCUACCAAACCACGAAAAGUGACUUUCUUUCUGAGCGCUCUUUCCAGCCCUUCUGAUGGAAGCAGAAUCAGGGAGCAGCAUGGAGACCAGAAAGGGGACCAACAGAGGCACUCAAAUUGCCCUGGCUGUGUUCAUCGGUGGCACCUUGGUGCUGGGCACAAUCCUCUUUCUAGUGACGCAAGGUUUCUUAAGUUUCCAAGCUAAACAGGAGUAUUGCCUGAAACCAGAAUGCAUUGAAGCCGCUGCUGCCAUAUUGAGUAAAGUAAAUCUGUCUGUGGAUCCUUGUGAUAAUUUCUUCCGGUUCGCUUGUGAUGGCUGGAUAAACAGUAAUCCAAUUCCUGAAGAUAUGCCAAGCUACGGGGUUUAUCCUUGGCUGAGACACAAUGUUGACCUCAAGUUGAAGGCACUUUUGGAAAAAUCAAUCAGUAGAAGGCGGGACUCUGAAGCCAUACAGAAGGCCAAAAUUCUUUAUUCAUCUUGUAUGAAUGAAAAAGCGAUUGAAAAAGCUGAUGCCAAACCACUGCUCCAUAUCCUGCGACAUUCACCUUUCCGCUGGCCCGUGCUUGAAGCUAAUAUUGGUCCUGAAGGAAUUUGGUCAGAGAGAAAAUUCAGCCUGCUGCAUACACUUGCAACAUUCCGUGGUCAAUACAGCAAUUCUGUAUUCAUCCGUUUGUAUGUGUCCCCUGAUGACAAAACGUCCAAUGAACACAUCUUGAAGCUGGACCAAGCAACACUCUCCUUAGCUGUGAGGGAAGACUACCUUGACAACAGCACAGAAGCCAAGUCUUAUCGUGAAGCCCUUUAUAAGUUCAUGGUGGACACUGCCGUGCUUUUGGGAGCUAACAGCUCCCGAGCAGAGCAUGACAUGAAGUCAGUGCUUAGGCUGGAAAUUAAGAUAGCUGAGAUAAUGAUUCCACAUGAAAACCGAACCAGUGAGGCUAUGUACAACAAAAUGAACAUUUCUGAACUGAGUGCUAUGAUUCCCCAGUUUGACUGGCUGGGCUACAUCAAGAAGGUCAUUGACACCAGACUGUAUCCCCACCUGAAAGACAUUGGUCCCUCUGAAAAUGUGGUGGUCCGUGUCCCGCAGUACUUUAAAGAUUUGUUUAGGAUAUUGGGCUCUGAGAGAAAGAAGACCAUUGCCAACUAUUUGGUGUGGAGAAUGGUUUAUUCCAGAAUUCCAAACCUUAGCAGGCGCUUUCAAUAUAGGUGGCUGGAAUUCUCACGGGUAAUUCAGGGGACCACAACUUUGCUGCCUCAGUGGGACAAAUGUGUCAACUUUAUUGAAAGUGCACUCCCUUACGUUGCUGGGAAAAUGUUCGUGGAUGUACACUUCCAGGAAGAUAAGAAGGAGAUGAUGGAGGAAUUGAUUGAAGGUGUUCGCUGGGCCUUUAUUGACAUGCUAGAGAAAGAAAAUGAGUGGAUGGAUGCAGGGACAAAAAGGAAAGCCAAAGAAAAGGCAAGAGCUGUUUUGGCAAAAGUUGGCUAUCCUGAUUUUAUAAUGAAUGAUACUCAUAUUAAUGAAGACCUCAAGGCAAUCAAAUUUUCAGAAUCGGACUACUUUGGCAACGUCCUGCAAACCCGCAAGUAUUUAGCACAGUCUGAUUUCUUCUGGCUAAGAAAAGCCGUUCCAAAAACAGAGUGGUUUACAAACCCAACAACUGUCAAUGCCUUCUAUAGCGCAUCUACCAACCAGAUCCGAUUUCCAGCAGGGGAGCUCCAGAAGCCUUUCUUUUGGGGAACAGAGUAUCCUCGAUCUCUUAGUUAUGGUGCUAUAGGAGUAAUUGUUGGACAUGAAUUUACACAUGGCUUUGAUAAUAAUGGUAGAAAAUAUGAUAAAAAUGGAAAUCUGGAUCCUUGGUGGUCUAUGGACUCAGAAGAAAAGUUUAAGGAAAAAACUAAGUGCAUGAUUAGUCAGUAUAGCAAUUAUUAUUGGAAGAAAGCUGGCUUAAAUGUGAAAGGGAAGAGGACUCUGGGAGAAAAUAUUGCUGAUAAUGGAGGUCUGAGGGAAGCUUUUAGGGCUUAUAGGAAGUGGAUUAAUGACAGAAGGCAAGGAGUUGAAGAGCCUCUCUUACCAGGAAUCACAUUUACCAACAACCAGCUCUUCUUCCUGAGUUAUGCUCAUGUGAGGUGUAAUUCCUACAGACCAGAAGCUGCCAGAGAACAAGUCCAAAUUGGUGCUCACAGCCCCCCUCAGUUUAGGGUCAAUGGUGCCGUUAGUAACUUUGAAGAAUUUCAGAAAGCUUUUAAUUGUCCACCUAAUUCUACAAUGAACAGAGGUGCAGACUCCUGCAGACUGUGGUAGCUGAAGGUUUGAUUUCUGCCAUCCUGAGACAGCUGCCUGGUGCCAGCAGAGGCAGCACUGAGUACUCAUCACCCACUAUUUUAGCUCUGCAUUUCUCUGAGAACUUUCAUUUUUAGUGCGUGUUCAUUAUUUGGGUAGAUAACUUGCUUGGAUCUAAGCAGUAUCUGUUCAGAGUGAUAGGGUUUCAAAAAGGGAGUACAUAAAAUGAACCAAGUAUGCUUCUUUAGAAAACCAAACCAACAUAAAACAAAUCCCUAGAUUACGUUUGUUAAAAGGUGAUCUGCUGAAUUGUUGUUAUUGUCAAUUUUAGUAUGUUAGCCACAGCUAGGUGGUACAUAUAAAUUCAGUCAAUAGCUUUUCAGGGUGCCUACUUAGAAUAGGACCAGAAAAAUAUUCAUUCUAUUAAACUUCUAAUUUUCAAUGAUGCCGACAUGUGUAUGGACACUUGGAAGGCCUUGCUCUCUGUGGAACACAGUGCUAGAUUUAUUACAUGGAUAGUCAUGGCACACUAUGUCUUAACUCUAAGUUAAAUAAGUAAUGUGUUGGGUUUCUAUUUUACAAUUUUUAAGGAAGUCCUUGCCUUCAGCUAUGGAGUCUACUGGAGUAAAAACAUGGCUUACAUCUUGUAACUGAUGCCACUGAUCACCCUGUGCAAGUCAGCAUGGAAAAAGAUGGCAGAAAGUCUUAGGUUAAGAGAUUUGAAUGGAAGCAAAGAGAUCUAUCAUUAAGUCUCAGAAUAAGUAAACGUUCCUAGUCAUGCAGCAGGGAAGCUAGGAGAUGAAAUGUCCAAAUGAUUUUUCUAGUCUUAUGAACCUCAGUGAUCAUCUGUCUGCUGAACGCUGCUCUUUAGUCCAUUUCCUUUUAGGUUCAUUACUCUUGCAUGUGUGAAUUCUGCUCCUUAUGCAAUGAGCAGAUGCUGAGAAAAGGAUUUUAUGGUUUCCCAUUAGGCUCAUGUGGCUUUCGUUUCCCUUUUGUGCAAAGGGAUAAACAAUGCAUUGAGGAGGGAAUAAAUGGCCUUUUAUUAACAUUGCAUCACAUUAGAAGAAAACUAUUUUUAAAAUUAUUGAUUGAAGAAACCUUAGAGUCAAUAUAAAAUUACAUGCAUAAACCUAAGCAAUAUAAGUUUUACUUUUUAAGUCUUUUAAAGAUUCUGUAUGAAAGAACAGUACUAUGUGUUUGCUCUUUACAGCAUUAGCUUUUUAGGUGAAACCCUCUAUCUCUUAGCAUGUGGGUGUGUUUGUUAGAUAAAAUUCUAAUAGCAUUAAAAUGCUCAUCUGUCAUUUUUUGUUUCUUAAUUUCCACCCCCAAAUCAUUAUUCAUUGUGUAUGGUGCUGGGUUAAGUGGGCCAAUAGGCAACUCUCAAAGCAAAAUGACAAAUUCAUACUAACCACAGGAGUUUGUUUUACAUCCCUGUGACUUGUCAUUUCAACAAAUAUAAGUAUGUGCCUUGUCCUUUUGUAACCAUGGGAACUUCUGAGCAGAGAAAAAUUGAGGGGCACCAUCAUGAGGAAAACAAUUACACUACAUUAGUCAGAGGAGAGUGAUUUUCCCCUUGACUUCCUCCUCUCCAAAUGGAGAAACUUGUGAAGGGCAGCUACCUUUAUCUCCUAUUAGCCAUGGCUUUAUGUGACCUUAGUUUAUAUUUCUAAAAACAAACAGUAUUAGGUCAAAGAUGCUGGAAAUAUAUGUGCCUUUUAUCUGGAGUAAGCAUCUGACUUGAUUUAGACAUAAAACAUAUUCCUUUUUCCCCCUCGCAUGUGGGCACUUAAUAUUAGCUAAGGUUUGUCACGCUUACAUGAAUAGUGUUUUCCUGCUAGGUUUCUUUUUAAAGCUCCAAAUAAACACAUUCCUGCAGGCCAGAGAAAGUGUUUGAUAAAAACUUAGAAUUAUGACUUUGGAAGUAAAAAUCAUUAACUCACGUGGCCCAGGAAAAUAGAUUCUGCAUGGCAGGGUUACCUUGUCCUAAUUAACUUGACUUGAUGUAACUUUGUUACUGUAAGUUGCAUAUAGGUUGGUGAUUAUUACAACAAACCAAAAGUAGAAAUAUUGAAUCAUUAACUAUGAGCUAGAACAAUUUUCUAGAAGAAUUGGGUUUCCAAAUGCUUAUGUUUAACUCUUUAAAUUACAGUCUGCUUGUCCUUUUCUUCAACACAGACUGCUAUAAAAUAGUCACUGAUUAAAUGGUAAAGGGAUGAAGAUGAAUGCAACUGGACGGGAGGGAGAAGCUGGUCCAAGGAUGUGGCAUUGAAGAGAAGACAAGGAUUUGACAAUCUUUGCUAAGCAUAUCCACUGGAGGAGAGCCAUGAAAUUUUACAAAAAUAAUUAUGGUAAAUUAAAAGGAAAUUAGAUAUUAGAUCUCAGUCUAGAGAUGCAGUAACAUACUUCCCUGAUUCAUGUACCAGAUAUUCUGCCAGUGAACUAUUAUCUGGGCAACGGAAGGACUUCCUUUUCGUGAAAAGUUCCUGGAUUAGUCAAGGGUUCUCUCUACAUGAAGUGACAUAUCAUCAUUGCCCAAAGUUUGCUGAGCUUUUCACCAGGUGUUCAGCAUUGGCCUCCUAUUUCUAUUUUUUUCCUUUUAUGAGAUGGACUGCGACAUGACUAACACAAGCUCAGGACUUAUAAAUUAUCCUGCAGUUUAUUAAGUGCCUUGCCUCAAUGGAGCUUAAAGCAUAGCACAUAAAUUUUAUCUUAUUUAGCUCUGCAGCAUUACUAAGAAGGAACUAGGAACCGUGCCUUGCCAGACACGUUAUAUUCAUGCCAAAGAAACGGAGAAAUUUGACUUUUUGUCAAGAAUCUGAGUCUGAAAAUGCAGUCUUUAUGCUUUGGGCUACUGACCUUUAGAUUAACCUUCAUCAUUUAGAUUAUCCUAUUUUUCAAUACAUUUACUUAAUUAGUAUAAUCAAAUAGCAUUUAAUAGACUAUUCCCUUGAUAUUUUUAACAUAAUGCCUUCACUGAUUUUUAAAUUAUGGAAUAAUACAUGAUUGUUUCAUACAACAACAUCUGUAUCACCAGUGGCAGUACUCCCCAGGUUUGAAAUAGAUUUUCUGGGAUUAUGCACCUUUUAUCUAAAUGGUCAUUGUGAUACUAGUUUGGUUAUGUUUUCUUCCCUUGUAAAACAAUAAGAACAAACAUUUUAAGGACAAUAAAAGUUGAUUGAA